AUGAGUAUCCUCCAGAAACUCAAUGUCCCACCCGAGUGUAUUCCGAGGCGAAAGUUUAAAUUGCACAUCGCGAUCGGAUUGCUGGUCUUGAUAACGUUCAUCCUAGCCAUUGCCCGCGUAGCCGACAGCGGGACUCCAAGAGGGAGAACAAACACAUGGGGAAUUGCAGUGUGCGUAAAAUCUGCAGUCUUCAUGGCAUACCAGGUCACAACGGCCCACGUGAGCCGGCUCAAACGAUGGGCGAACACGAAGGUCAAUAUAACUUUGAAUGUAAUCGACACUGUAUUCUGGUUUGCGCUGUUUGUUAUCACAAUAAUGGGGACCAUGAGCUCGACUUCGACGAGCAGCAAAACACUGGGCGCGAUUAUUAUCAUUCUGGCUAUCACCCUGGUCCCUCAAGUCGGUUAUCUCUCUUUUAUAUGCAUCUGCGAGCGACGGUAUUAUAAACAGCAUGGUAUGCUGCCUGGAGAGGCUGCAAAGUACUCCGGUGCUGUUUAG